CAGACGAUCUACUUCGGCUGCUUUGGAACGCGCAUAGGCGCCAAUCAUCAACGCCGCAUACGAGUAUGGCCUCAUAUGACUAUCUCGGUGCAUACUUCAAUGAUAGUCCAGCACUGGACGGAGGGGCGUCCACCUUUUCACGGUCCAUUGGACCGUCAACAAACCGAUAUCUCGCCGAGUCAACAAACCUGACGCAUUCCAGGCGAGAGGAGCCAGUGAUCCACAAAGUGCAACAGUCUGAGCCAAGACGAUCCGCAUACUAUGGCUCGCAUGUCCGUCCGCCAUCUAGCAUCAUUGCCGACGUGCACGAAAGCGGAGUCUUGGGUCAGACUAUCGGGCCAGCCGUUCCUUUUAAGGAUGUCAGCAAUAAGCAGUCUCGCGAUCAGCUCACCGUGCAGAUUUCCAAGCCCGAACGAUGUUCCAGACGGAUUGUGACGCCUACACAGCAAGAGCAACGCGAACGCCGGGAGAGGCUGCGACCGCAGCUUGAGCAGAAUCACUUUGUUGCACCUCUUAGCACAUCUCGCGAGCCUGGCAGGGAUUCAGCCCCGGGACGUGUGCAGGCCAUGCAGCCCUUACAAUCUGAACGCUUCUCGCAGGCAGCAAAGGAGGCAGAAAGCGAUCACAGGCAUGCAGCGCAACGGGAACGGAUACACGAAAGGCCUCCUCCCCAGCAAGUCGAGCGCAAACAACGACCGUACUCUGAGCAUCUUCCACUACCAUCCGACCGUCUAGCAGAACGUCGACAGUCGGCUCCCGACUGGCCGCAGGCGACGUUGCAAGCUCCGCCACUCGAAGAGGAUACACGCAGGCGCUCGCACGAUGGUCGAUCUCGCGAACGUCGACGUGACCCGGAAGCAGUUCGACCCAAGGAGCAAGUCCGUCCUCAGCCUGCAUCUCAGCCAAUCGUACAGUCCCGUCAAGAGCUCGUGCGACCGCCUUUGAGUAGCAUCGUCAUGUCUCGCAAAGUCGUCGUCGUGGGUGAUGGAGCGUGCGGAAAGACCUGUCUGCUCAUCGUUUAUACAGAGAACCGUUUCCCAGAGGCAUAUGUGCCGACGAUCUUUGAAAAUUAUGCCACGUUUGUACCAGACCCUUCCUCCUCUGCCGACUCUGAGAGACUUAUCGAGCUCAUGCUGUGGGAUACUGCCGGUCAAGAAGAGUAUGAUCGAUUGCGACCCCUAUCGUAUCCUGAAGCCUCAAUUAUCCUCGUCUGUUUCGCCGUCGAUUAUCCUGCUUCGCUGGCCAAUAUAGAGGACAAGUGGUCGCCGGAAGUUUCGCACUUCUGUCCAGAUGUGCCGCUCAUCAUCGUGGCGAACAAGAUCGAUCUGCGUAAAGAUUCACAGACGAUCGCGAUGCUGAAAGCGCAAGGCACGGCACCCAUCACGACAGAGCAAGGCAUUGCAGUUGCCAAGCGACUCGGAGCACGCUAUGCAGAAUGUUCAGCACGCACAGGUCAAGGCGUUAGGGAAGUCUUCGAUCUCGCGCUCAGAGAAGCUAUCAAGACGCGCUCUUGGGCAGGCAAGCGCAGACGCAAAUGUGGGAUCCUAUGAUGGCCCGACGCGAAACUGAUGACCAUGUUGUUUAUUGCACACUAUUGUCACAACGUCA